AUGUUUGCCCUAGGUUCUGGUCUGACGAAGGAAUUAACUGAGAAAGAACGCCGUGCUCUCUCUGGAGUAAGAGUUGCGUUACGCAACUUUACCGAUCCUCCUUUUAUCUUUUUGAUGGAUAAGGAAAGAAAGCUGCCUUUGACGUAUAAAGAACUUUUCCUUCGCUGUCUGAACUGUUGGCAGAUACUUUGUCUCGGUCUGUAUCGUCAGAAUCCAAGUGGAAGCCGUUAUGUUCUCACGAAUCCGGGACAUUUCAUGGAGGUCUACAGCUCGGACAUGGUAGGUGUUCUUAGGUUCUACCGCAUACCGUUUGUGUGA